AUGUCCCAAAGCCGUGAAGAUUGCGUAUACUUGGCUAAAUUAGCUGAACAAGCCGAACGUUACGAAGAAAUGGUUGAAAAUAUGAAGAAAGUCGCUUCUUCAGGUCAAGAAUUAUCUGUUGAAGAAAGAAACUUACUUUCAGUCGCAUACAAGAACGUAAUCGGUGCAAGACGUGCUUCUUGGAGAAUUGUUUCAUCCAUUGAACAAAAAGAAGAGACAAAAGAAAAAUCAGAACAUCAAGUUGAAUUAAUCAGAAAUUACCGUUCGAAAGUCGAAUCUGAAUUAACUAGUAUUUCUGAUGAUAUCUUAUCUGUCCUUGACUCCCAUUUAAUUCCUUCCGCAACUACCGGUGAAUCUAAAGUCUUCUAUUACAAGAUGAAGGGUGACUAUCACAGAUAUCUUGCGGAAUUCUCAAAUGGUGAUGUUAGAGACAAAGCUACUGAAGCUUCUUUAGAAGCUUAUAAGACUGCUUCUGAAAUUGCCACUACUGAAUUACCACCAACUCAUCCAAUCAGAUUGGGUUUAGCUUUGAACUUUUCUGUCUUCUACUAUGAAAUUCAAAACUCACCAGAUAAGGCUUGUCACUUAGCUAAACAAGCUUUCGAUGAUGCUAUUGCUGAAUUAGAUACUUUAUCUGAAGAAUCAUACAAAGAUAGUACUUUAAUCAUGCAAUUAUUGAGAGAUAACUUGACCUUAUGGACUUCUGAUAUGUCUGAAGGCACUCAAGAAGAACAGCAACAACAAUCCGGUGAUGCUGAACCACCAAAAUAA